AUGUAUUAUGAGGUUUAUGAUAUUCAGCUAGCCAUUGGAAUUGCAAUGCUUCUGUUUCAGCGUCCCCACGUAUCUGCGUGCGAAGGUCAUGCUGAAAUCAGCGUUGAGUUGGAUCCCCUACGCCAACUGCCGAGCUACGCCGACUUUGAGCAGCUGCUCCGCAGGGAAUUGGAAGAUGUAUACGGCGCCGCGCCGGCGGAGUUCCGUGGUGGCAUCACGUACAGCACACACGAGGCCCCGCAUAGUUUUUCCGCGCACUUCAGUGAGCACCAGCUGGAGACACUGCGCAAGUACGACGCGUCAGUGGAGAAGGCGGCGCAAUUGCGGCGCGACUACGAGGCGGCGGCUGAUGAGCACGAGCGCGCGCUAGAGGAGGACAAGGACCGCAGGAAGACGCAGCGCAAACUCAGGGAAGAGGCGAAGGUGCAGAAGCGGCUGAAGAUGAUGAAGCGCGGGGUGGUGGAUGCGGAAUGCGAAGUCGCCGCUCUCUCGCAGAAGUUGAGGAACGUGUUUGCCAUCGACUCCAUUCGAGUUCCACUUGAAUGA